CCAUAACGCUGCUGGUUUCUGUUCUCCAAGGGUGGAUGGUUCUGGUUCUGGUUCUGGAUUAUCUUCACUGAACCCGACAUGUCACAGAACAUAAAGGCUUAGAACCCAGCGGUGCAGAUCCACGUUGAUCCGAGGAGACGGAACCAGACGGACAGAACAUCGGCCCGGUUCUUUGGGAAAAGUUCGGAUGUGUUCUGUUCGAACGUGGAUAACACGUGACUGCGUGACAGAGCCGCUGGUAGGGCCGUUGGUCUCCAUGGCAACCGAGGAUUGUUUACGGAGUGGCCACGCCGCAGAGACGCCUGGAUUACCGGAAAAAACCUUCUACAGACCAGAACCACUGGCUCCACCGGUAUUCAGCUGCUAGAGUACCGGCCAGGGUCCACUUUAUGGCUGCUUAGUGUGGAAAAAAAGAUUCUGAUCAAAUCCAAAAGCAUCUGAUGGGAUUUUCUCUGAGAGUGAGAUGACAGGAAGGAUGGCAGAGGGCUGGACAGGACAGGAGACGGCUUAGGAGGAAACAGGAGGACCACAAGGAACACCUGACUCCAGAACCAGGGGUUCUGAUCCGCAUUGAACUCUCAGGUCAAAGCGAUGGCAGGAACGUCCAGACAUGACCACGAGAUGGCAGUGAUGGCCAAACGCCAGCUGUCCCAGUGCUCGGAUCCCGUGGAGAAACUCCGUCUGCAGUGUCUGAUCAGGGGCUCGUCUGGGAUCAAGGGUCUUGGCAGAACCUUUAGAGUGAUGGACGACAACCAGAACCGGUCUCUGGACUUAAAGGAGUUCUUGAAGGGUCUGAACGACUAUGGGCUGCUGAUGGAGAAGGAGGAGGCUGCCGCGCUCUUCCAGCACUUUGACCGUGAUGGCAGCGGGACCAUCAGUUUUGACGAGUUCCUCAUUGCUCUUCGGCCUCCGAUGUCCAGGGCUCGACUGGAGGUGGUCAUGCAGGCCUUUCGAAAGAUGGAUAAGACGGGGGAUGGGGUGAUCACAGUGGAGGACCUGAGAGGAGUCUACAACGCCAAGUAUCACCCCAAAUACCAGAAUGGAGAGUUGAGUGAAGAUCAGGUGUUCAGGACCUUCCUGGACAGCUUUGACUCUCCGUAUGACAAAGACGGGAAGGUCACCAAAGAAGAGUUCAUUGACUACUACAGUGGCGUGAGCGCAUCCAUCGACAGCGAUGUCUACUUCAUUCUCAUGAUGAGGAACGCCUGGAAGCUGUAAGCUUCAUGGGAUCUUCAGAGGAUCUCCUAAAGAUUUCAAGAGGAUCAUCAGAAGACUUUCCAAAGAUUCCAGAGGAUGGUUCCGGGAUCUAGAGACUUUAAAUGUCAUGCAUGGAUCCUGAAAUGAUCUUCACAGGAUGUUUGUAGGAUUUCACAGGAUUCUUAGGAUAUUUAGAGGACCCUCAAAGGAUCUUCCCGGCUUUAGCAGAGGUUGUUUGUGGGAUCCGAAGAUCUUCCUCUCAGCUGAAGAAGGGUUGUUCUUCAGUCUCAGCGAGUGGUUCGGCCAUGUUGACUAACUGAGUCUGUGGAGCUGAAUGAUAACAGUCUGUCAGUUUGAUCACUUCUUUUUAGGGUUAAUAAAGCAGCAAUGUCUUGUGGACGGUGUCUCCAUCAUCAA